AUGCCACAAAUUUCUCGUGGUCGUCGUAGCGGAACAAGUAACGACAAGUCUCGUCGCAUUUCCAAUAAUUUUCUCUAUUCUCCUCGCCUUCAUCCUAUUUUCCGACUUUCCAUUUCACUUUCUAAUCUUUCUCUGAUUGAUAGAAUCCUAUCUGUAGCUAAGGCGUUAUUUGCCCUAUCUAAACUUUUUCUCACAUCUUCUUUAUCUAACACCCUCUCUCUCUCUCUCUCUCUCUCUCUCUCUCUCUCUCGCCGUCUCUCCAUCUCACUCUCUGUGUAUCCGUCUUUAACCUCUCUUACUCGGUCACAGUUAUCAGUCAUUCCUUUAACACGUCUCCUAACCGCGCCUUCCCACUUUUUUUUUUUCAUUGCCCCAAAUGUCAUUCACUCUCAUUCGUGUCAGGUAUUCCAUUUUCUUCCGGAGUCUUUGACGUCAUUUGAAUAUCUUUCUUCCCUUUUUCUACCCUCUCGCUCUCUGCCCGUUUCUCUCUCUCCCCCCCUCUCUCUCUCUCUCUCUCUCUCUCUCUCUCUCCUCUACAUAAAUUUUCUUUUCUCUCUUUCUUUUAAUCUAAACACUCUCUUCUCUCUCUCUCUCUCUCUCUCUCUCUCACAGUUUUUUUUCUCCAUCUUAUUGAACUUAUACGUUUUAUACCAGUCACCAUACUCUCUCUCAUUUUUUUUUUUAUCUAUUUUUAAGUCCAUACGACAUUUUUUUCUUUUUAAAGUCUUCUUCAAUGUGCCGUGA